UGAUAAUACUGAAAACUCAAUAUGCACAUAAUCUACAGAUUUUUUAAAACAAAAAUAUCGAAAUGUCGACACUUUCCAAUUCCUACCCUAUAUAAAAGUGGUACGUUCCAUUCAGGCUCGCGAUCUGGGCGGCAGCGGGCAAUUCAAAUGUAAAGAAUGCGUGUCAGAACUGUGUAAUUUGCCCAUACCAUUGGCGUUGAAUGGAAUGAAAUAAAUUACUUUUACUUCAUUUCACUGAAUCACCUGGAAUUUUGGAGGAAAUUUCUACGUAUCUCUUCUUUCAAGGGUGUUUGACCACACCCUGGAAAAUCUUAAUUGGCUAUUCUACGAUUGGAAAGAAGGUAUUUGCGGCUCAUCGUGAAACCGUUGUCCGCAUAGUUUGCACGUUAAUUUCAGCGGGAGUAGCGGUGGUUAGACAAGACAGCUCAGCGUGAAAAGCCAACAUCAUCAGUCAUUCUGUUUCAAGUGCGGUGGCUUGCAGCAACCUCUCUAAUUAGCAGGCCUAAACUUCUAUAUUCUCCAAGGCUUCUAAAUAACUUGUUUAAACACUGAACAACAUGGCCUUCUCAAUUGGUAAUUCAAACGCUAGUGAUAUUAUGGCGAACAUGGCACAAGGAGGACAACAGUUUGGAAGGAAAACAAAGCGAGAUGACAUUACCAGCAGAAAUGGACCACAGGCUUGCAAAAGGGCGGCAUUGGGAACGAUAACGAACGUAUCAUCAACAAGAGUACAACCUUCUCGAGCGGCAAAGCAAUUUAGGGUCUCUGGAGAGAACUCCUUUCCUGUGUUUCAAGAUGAGAAUGCACACUCUAGGAUACCACAGGGCAAGCCAUUCGGCAUUCCAUCAGCGGGCGCAGCACCAGCCUUUUCUAUUCACGUCGACACAACAUCCUACGUGCAAUCAAGUACAUCAACAUCAAUUAAGAGCACGGACAAAGAAAAUGAACACAUUUUGUUGGACACUGCUCUGUCACUACCAGUACCUCAAGCUCAAAGGAUUCCUUUGAGAACAUUCCCCGAUGUAGAAGAUAACAAUGUCAGUCUCAAUGAAGAAAGCUUAACAUCGUCAGAAUUCUCACCUAUGCUGCUCGAUACAUCUCUGGAUGCAAAGUGCAUAUCACCCCGAACAGUAGAUAUAAGAGACUUAUCCUUAGGAGAACCAGAGUAUGCAGAGGAGAUAUAUCAGUACUUGAAGACUGCAGAGUCAAAGCACAGACCUAAGCACGGGUACAUGAGGAAACAGCCGGACAUCACCAACAGCAUGCGUUGCAUCCUAGUCGACUGGUUGGUUGAGGUAUCGGAAGAAUACCGUCUCCACAACGAGACUCUCUACCUGGCCGCUGCCUUCAUCGAUAGAUUCCUAUCCCAGAUGAGUGUACUGAGGGCAAAGCUACAGCUGGUUGGCACAGCCAGCAUGUUUGUAGCCUCUAAAUACGAGGAGAUCUACCCACCCGAUGUGAAGGAGUUUGUCUACAUCACCGACGACACCUACUCCAUCAAGCAGGUCCUUCGAAUGGAGCACCUGAUCCUCAAGGUCUUGUCCUUUGACCUGGCCGCACCCACCAUCAACUCCUUCUUGCCGAGGUUCAUCAAAGCAGCGCAGGCCAACUCAAAGACGGAACAUCUCACGCAGUACCUUGCUGAGUUGACUCUGCAGGAGUACGACUUCAUCAAGUAUGCCCCGUCGAUGAUUGCUGCAUCAGCAGUCUGCCUUGCCAACCACACCCUCAACAACGAAGAAUGGACCCCAACCAUGGCCCACUACACUGACUACCAGCUGGGUGACAUCUAUCCCUGUGUGCAAGAUCUUCAUCAGCUGUUUAUCAAGGCACCCACCAUGGAACAACAGGCUGUCAGGGAGAAGUACAAGUCUCAAAAGUACAGCGGAGCUUCCAUGACACCAGUCCCUACCACUCUCCCCACACAAUGAUGACCAUGUUAUAACAUGCCCGGUAAGGAGGAGAUGGUCAAAGUUAGAUACAGAGAUGGGAUCGCCCAGUCUCAAAAUCAAACUCUAUUUGAGAGGAGGGAUGGAGCCUACUUGAAAAAGGUUGGGUGUUUAUCCAAUGAACAGCACAAAUCUUGUUUGACUCCCCCGUAGACGAGCUGUGAUCGAUUGUGAUUUUCAUGUAUUCAUAGCGUCUAUAUCCAGUCGUUCAUCAUUUGAAAUCCUGUAAGCUGCUUGAAAGACAAUCGCCAAUGAUCGAUUGUUGAAUAUAUACAACUUUACAAGCGCCUUUUCAGAAUAGGCAAAGAACUUACCCACCUUUCCCAAAGUUUUCUGAACAGCAUGACUUUUAUCCAAUUAUUUCUUGUAAAAUAAAAUUUAUUGAUAUGACCAUCAAAUAAUUGUUUUAUGGUAAUGCCAUUUUUCAGUUUUGAAGGGAAUAAAUGGAUAAAAGUUGUGUCUAACGGAAUACAGUACAGAUUGCCCAUAAGCAGAGUGAUAGUUUAUGAAAUUCUCAUGUGAUUUUUAAUACUUUCAAUUUUCAAACAUUAAAUCAUUUGCAAUAUGGCUCUAAAUGCUCCAGCAUCAUAGAGCCUAGAGGAACUACUUCUUGCACAACAAAGCCUCUUUUAAGAUUUUAAUUUGGUUUUUAAGACAAUGUGCAAUUGAUCCUUGAAACAUCAAUUAUAAAUUGAGCAGAGUCUGCCUGAUGAUGGGGCCAGCAUUUCAGCGCGGAAAAGAUGCCUGGAUCAGUCGCCAAAGUCAUCUCAGUAAUGGUAUGGUGUAUUAUCACUAUCCGAUGACAUUCCAAUACUAAUGUGAGAUCAAUGAGCGAGUUUUCUCUCCAAAUAUGAACUUUCAUCUUCAUUUUAUGUGAAAAGGAAUUUAUUUGAAAGAGAAUUGGGAGUUCUGUUGCCCUUAUACCUUGAACCCUGUUUAUACACCAAGUAUGUAGAUAUUUGUUUCAUAAACUUUAUAUAUUUUGAUUUUUUAAAGUCGGCACUUGGCAUCAUUGUACUUGUUAAGAGCAUUGUUUACUAGAAUUGUAUUUUCGUUUCCAAAUCAUAUAACAUUCCAAAUCAUUUUGUGUUUGAACAUCCACAUGCAAACACGCUAAUUAAAUAUGGCAUAAUAAUUCUCUUGUAAAUGGGCAAAAAAUGUGCUCUUUUAUUCUGUGUGAGGUAAGUAUAAAAAGUGAAAUAUGUGAGAGAUCCUUGGUGCAUUAUAUUGAGAGUCAUUUGCUCAUUUAACUUAUUACCAUCGACUGUUAAGCAGCCAUUUUGUUAAACUGUGUCCUCACAGCAAUGACAUGUCAAACAGAUUUUCUUUAGCAGAGAACAAGUACUUUUAUUUUCUUUUUAUUUGGUUUGUAACACCUGUAAUUUUAGUUAUACCCUCUCACCGCUUUGGUGAAAAUAAUGUCUGCUAACAGUAAGUAUUUGAGCGGUUACUACAUGCAUUUUUAAUACGUUUGGUGAAUUCUUUAGGUGCAUGUUUCAUAUGUGAACUGAACUGUGGCCCCACUUUAGAACAAUUUUGACUAUGCAUGUUUUACUAUUUAAAGUGAACUGUUUUACAAUAUGUUUACCCAUUAUCGAUGGUGCUUUUUAAACAUUUUACAAACUCAAUUCUAUGAAUGAAUGCAAGAUUAGAAGAAAGUUUGAAAAUGAAGUAGAUAAAAGGGUAAGAGAAACUGGAGGUGCUCUAUAAUAACAUCGAUUAGAUGUACAGUAGUAGAUUGCGUGAGGGAAGAGAUCAAUCUUUUGAAACCUUGAUGCUAUGAAAUAAGCAUAGUGUUGUACAUUUUUUCCUAUUGAAUCAAGAAUUAUGAAAAACAACUUUGUAAAACAUGCGCACUAAAACAAUUAUAUGACAACAACAAAAAAAAGAAUAUAAAUGAAAAAUAAUUAAGUAUUAAAUAAGAAUCAAGUUCUUUCAAGAGCUACGACUUGUAUACAUUUGCAUUUUUAUCAAUUUUUUUAUGAUGCAGUUAUUAUUUGGAUAAGCUAAAAACUUUUCAAAGGGCAGAUAGUAAUGGUUCUAUCAUUAAAAAGAAAGUGUCGCAACCAAUGAACAUAUUUUAUUUGUAAAUACUUGUAUAUAUCAAAAAAAAUUAUUGUGUUCUACUUACAUUUAAUUGAUUGUACAUAUUUAACAUUCUUAGAGGGAAGGGGUUGUGAUUUUCUUUUUAAAAAUCACUGCCAUCAUGAAAUGAUACACAAAAAAUUUUGAAACAUUUUUAUACGUGUGCACAACACUUUUAAAAAUCAAUUCCACGCUUUUUAAGUUGAGCAAGGAUGCAUGUUUUUGAAAUUUUGAAUUGUAAAAAUUAGAGAAGCUUGACUUCAAUUUGCAAAUUGCUGGUAUGUAAGAAUGUUUUUAACAGUCUGUAUGACACAAAAUUAAUAUGAAGGCGUACAAGAAGAGGCGAUUCAGAAAAGCUGAUAUUUGUACAUGCACUGCGAGUUAAUCAGUACUGAAACAACAUUGUGGACAGAAUAGAUCUUAAGAAAAAAUGUGAAUUGAGAAUUGGUUUUUGAGAGUGAUUACAUUCAAUGGUAAAUCUAGCUGAACAGUUGUGUAGUCUGACAAGGUAAUACAUGUGCCAGCAUUUCUGAACUCUGCACCAUUAUGAUGCAAUUUGGGUGCAAUGUUAAAGCGUCUUGCUUCAGUACUUUCAUUUUCCAGCAAAUCUUUAAACUUUUGCCUCUUUGAAAUGUGUUUAAGAACAUGUAUGACUCCGCAUACCUCAUGAAUUGUACGUGUGAAAAUUAAAGCAGCAACUUAGAAAGAACAACAAUAAAAAGAGUAAAAUCAGGGAUUUAAAACAUUUAUAUGACGGCAUGCGAGAUGUUGCAUCUCAAAAUUGAAUCGAUCAUGACUGCAGGACUGUAUAUUACACCGUAACUGUUUAUUUGCAUUAUGAUUGCUAUGUCUUUUAAUGGAUGAAUAAACAAACCAAAAAAAUCUCUACCAAUAAAAACAUCCUUCCUCAACAAUAAAAAAUGUUGUGUAUUGUGCUAUUUGUGUUUGGAAUACUUUGUGUGUAUACAUGUACAUGUAUUUUAAGUAUUUUAUAAUUUUUU